CAAAUGAGACGCACACGAAGAAAUCUAUAUUCGCAAACGUUUUGAGAUGACAAAGAACAGUUCCUUUCACAAAAAUGGACCAAAAACAGAGGAAAGAAGUGAAGAAUCCGCGACAGAAGGCCAACGUAUUAUCCAUCCUUACAUUCUGGUGGAUCCUCAAGCUGUUCAUUGUUGGUUACAAAAAAGAAUUGGAAGAGAGUGAUUUGUAUUCCCCUCUACAAGAAGAUGAAAGUAAUAAGUUAGGGCAACGUAUCGUGAAAAAUUGGGAAAACGAAUCGAUACGAUGCGAGAAAAAGAAGAAUGGCUCGAAGCCCAGUUUAUUCAGAGUACUCUAUAAGUGCUUUGGUAAAAUAGUCAUCAACACUGGAUUAGUGUUGUUUAUUCUAGAAUUUGGUAUACGAAUUGCGCAACCUUUUCUGCUGGCCAGAUUGUUGCGUUACUUCUCUGGAAACAAGAAAGGAUGGGGCACCGAUAUAUAUUAUUACACGGCAGCGUUCUGCCUGAUGCCAAUGAUCGACAAUAUACUUUUACAUUGGUCGUUGCAGAAUUUAAUGCACGUAGGAAUGAAAGUCAGAGUGGCCUGCUGCACGCUGAUCUAUAGAAAGAUACUGAGGCUGUCCACUUCUGUCCUCGAGAACGAAACGUCCGCUGGACAGUUGGUCAAUUUCCUGAGCAACGACGUUAACAGGCUCGAUUACUUUGUUUUCUGCGCUCAUUAUUUGUGGAUCGGCCCGCUGCAAAUCCUUCUAGUAACCUAUCUUAUAUUUCGUGAACUCGGGAUCGGCGCCAUUGCUGGGAUGACGACGUUCAUGUUAUGCAUACCGUUGCAAUUGUUCUUGGGUCGAAAAGUGUCACGGUUGACGCUCGGAUCAGCGCAAAAGACCGACGAUAGGCUGAGAUUGAUGAAUCAAAUUAUCGCUGGGGUAGAGAUCAUCAAGAUGUACGUUUGGGAAGUUCCGUAUUCGCUUCUCGUCGAGAAAGCUAGGCGGAAAGAAGUGAGCGUGAUAAAAAAAUACUCAAUCGUCGAGCAGCUCGGAUUAACAGCAGACAUCUACGUGCCUCGUUUCAGUCUUUUCAUUACUAUAUUGACGUACGUCUUAACUGGGAACAAUAUCGACGCCGAGAAAGUAUUCAUGACAACAGCAUUUUAUUCUAUUUUACGAUCCUCUGUCACCAUUGGAUUCGCUUUGAGUGUCCACCAACUAGCUGAGGCAACAGUGUCCAUCAGGCGUCUCGAGAAGUUCAUGUUGCACCCCGAGGUGUCGGAGCCUCGGCCAACUAAAAAUCAAAUAGCCACGCAAUCAGUCCCGGUCUACCUGAAAAACGUCACCGCCAGAUGGGACGAGUUCAGAGACUACACCUUGCAGAACGUGGACCUAACGGUGCAAGCUGGCAGCUUCGUAGCCGUAGUCGGUCAGAUAGGGUCAGGGAAGAGCAGUUUGUUGCAGGCGAUACUUAACGAGCUACCCCUGGACAAAGGCGUCCUGGAAAUCAGCGGGAAGAUAAGCUUCGCCGACCAACGACCGUGGAUCUUCGCUUCUUCGAUCAGACAGAACAUCCUGUUCGGCCAGCCCAUGAACGAGGCUCGUUACAACGAGGUGAUCCGAGUCUGUCAGCUGAGACGCGACAUAGACUCCAUGCCCCAUCACGACAACACCAUGGUCGGCGAAAGAGGGAUCAAUCUGAGCGGUGGCCAACGAGCCAGGAUCAAUCUGGCCCGCGCCAUAUACGCCGAGGCCGACAUUUACCUCCUAGACGAUCCUCUAUCGGCAGUGGACGCCCACGUCGGCAGUCGUAUCGUCGACGAGUGCAUAUGCGACUUCCUCAAAGGCAAGUCUCGAAUCCUAGUCACCCAUCAAGUCCAGUACCUGAAGUCGGCCGACGAGAUCAUCGUGAUGAGCAACGGUAGCGUCCAGGCAAGAGGCAGCUUCGAGGAACUUCAGAGCAUGAACCUGGAUUUCAUGAAGAUCUUCCAAGACGUGGGCAAGGAGAAAGACGCGAAAGUGGACGAGGACGGAAACGAUACCGUGGACUCGGUGGAGAACCUGAAGAAAGACGAGGAAACGGUCACGGCUGACGAGCCGGUCGAGGUGGCGGAAACGAGGACGACUGGAAGCGUUUCCGCGACGGUCUUCCUGGCCUAUUGGAAGGCGAGCAAGAACUGUUUCCUGGUCGUUCUGAUGGCGAUAUUCUUUGUCUGUAGCCAGGCGAUGGCCAGCGGGAGCGAUUAUUUGCUCGCGUUUUGGGUGAACACCGAAGUGGCGUCGUGGGUCAGAACCGAGAACGGUACAAUGGAUUUUCAAUGGUAUAGCCCGCUGUCUCGUCAUGGAAUUAUUUAUCUUUAUAGUGGGCUGACCGUGGGCUUCAUCGGCAUCUAUAUGUUCCAAACCUUUGCGUACUACGCGGUAUGCAUGCGGGCAUCGAAAAACUUGCACGCGGACAUGUUCCGCAGCAUCGUGCGGGCCGUGAUGUAUUUUUACAAUACCAAUCCCGCGGGUCGUAUAUUGAACAGGUUUUCCAAAGAUAUCGGUAUCGUCGACAAGAAGCUGCCAUUUACAAUGUUCGACGUGAUGAUGAUGUUCUUAAGUUUCAUGGCAACUGUGAUCAUCGUUGGUACCGUGAGUCUCUGGUUGUUAAUACCAACGUUCGUCGUCAUACUGAUUUUCUACUUUAUGCGAGUAAUUUACAUUAAGACUAGUCGUGCCAUUAAACGUAUGGAGGGUAUCACAAGAUCGCCAGUGUUCGACCACGUCGGCGCAACGUUGCAAGGACUGACAACGAUCAGAGCGUUCAACGCCCAGAAGAUAGUCACGUCAGAGUUCGACAAUCAUCAAGAUCUCCACACAUCCACUUGGUUUAUAUUCAUCUGCCUCUCGCGAGCUUUCGGUCUCUACAUCGAGAUGUUCUGUAUGUUUUACGUGGCAUUGAUAACGGUCACGUUCGUGUUGUCCGAAAACCUGGCCGUUGCUGGAGACAUCGGCCUGGUGCUCACGCAGAUCAUGGCGGUCACUGGAAUCUUACAGUGGGGCAUGAGGCAAACAGCCGAGCUGGAGAAUCAAAUCACCUCCGUAGAAAGAGUUGUAGAGUACAGUAACUUAGAGGAGGAGCCUUUCCUGGACAGCACUCCAGAACAAAAACCUCCGGAGAACUGGCCUAUCAAGGGUCGCGUAGAGUUUAAGGAUGUGAGACUAAAGUACGGGCCUAACGGUGCUCACGUUCUGAAAGGCGUGAGCUUCGUGAUCAUGCCCAAAGAGAAGGUCGGUGUCGUAGGUAGAACUGGCGCUGGAAAAACUUCCUUGAUCAGCGCGCUCUUCCGAUUAGCCUACGUGGAAGGGGACGUUCUCAUAGACGAUAUACCGACGAGCACGGUCGCGUUGCACGACUUCCGCUCGAAAAUUAGUAUUAUACCGCAGGAGCCGGUACUGUUCGGUGGUAGUCUUCGCCGAAACCUGGACCCAUUCGACGAGUUUUCCGACAGCGCGCUGUGGGAGGCUCUGGAAGAGGUCGAGUUGAAGGAAACGAUCCUGGAUGUAGCCGCUGGCUUGGACAGCAAGGUAGCCGAGGAUGGGUCAAAUUUCAGCGUCGGUCAGCGUCAAUUAUUAUGCCUUGUUCGUGCACUGGUUAGGAAUAACAAAAUUAUGGUGCUCGACGAAGCCACUGCCAAUGUCGAUCCACAGACUGAUUCGUUGAUACAAACGACUAUCAGGAAGAAAUUCAGGGAUUGCACGGUCUUUACCAUAGCGCAUAGGUUAAAUACUAUAAUGGAUAGCGACAAGAUACUCGUGAUGGACCAAGGUUACCUAGUAGAGUUUGAUCAUCCAUACGUUUUAUUGCAAAAGGAGGGCUAUUUUUACAACAUGGUGCAACAAACUGGUGCUGCUAUGGCGAAAAGUUUGACGGAAGUGGCGAAAAAUUGUUUUUAUAGAAACAAUGAAUCAUCACCCUGAUGAUAGUCAAUGUCUACUAAUAUUCAAAGGUAUACCAUAUUUAAGUGAACACUUUUUAUAUGUACGUACGUCCGAUUUGUACUUUACUAUUUAGGAGUAAAGAAGAAGCUUUUGCUAAAUAUAUUUCCAAUUAUACAAAUUACCAUGAAAGUAUGGUGCUUACCACGGUAUUACUAAUCUCGUACAAUGAAAAUAACAGCAACCUUUUGUAAUGUAAACAUAAUAUCAAUAAAAUACUAUGAAUUUAAGAAUAUUUAUCACAUUUCUUGGCGAAUAACGAAAGGACGUCUUAAAAGUUUUACAGAAAUGUUUUUGUCUCAUUUAUACCUAAUCAGUGCUUGUUUA